UAAAUCUUUGGUAUAAAAAUACAGCCACCUGGUUGCCAUCUGGUUAAAUUACAUGAAACAAUGCAGCUUCUAAAUAUACCCAUCAAAAUUGUCCAUAUGGAUAUAAAGCCAGUUAGGUAAGCACCAAAUCUUCUAAAAUCUGACAUCAGAACUUGCAUUAUUUUAAGGGAUGCAGGGUGGAUGUUAUCAGUAAUUUUUAAAAUAACAAGAACCACUUCUCCACUUAAGGUCAUGGUGAUCCUUAAAGCAAAGGUCAUGCGGCAGCAUGUGGACAGAGUACCUGUCAUAAGGUACCCACACGCUAACAGCCAGCUCACUAACGUUUCCUGUUUCUGUACUGUGGGAGGAAAGCAGAGCAUCUUGGGGGAAAAAAAGAAACUUAAAAACUGCACAGACAUCAGUGAGGGUGUUCAAACUGGCAGUCCUGGAUGUGUGAGACAGCGACAGAACCCACUGAGCCAUCCUGCUAGAUUUGGCUACAGUUUCUAGCCUCAACAGCAAGCCUCAUAGAUGAUCAUAACCCUGGAUCCAUCCAGCAGGAACUAGCUGCAGGGUCUUGAUUCAACACCCAGUAAAACUCGUAGAGGAAAGGGCACCUCCAUGUAAGCCCAUCUGGUCGCUGAUGCUCUCUGACAGGUGCUGGGUUUCAGUCUCUGUUUUCAAGAGUGUGAUUGCUGGAGCUGAGGAGCUUUAGGGAGAUUUGGGAUUUAGAGUGCGAUGGUGCAGAGCAAGAGGGAGGAGAGAGAGAAGGAGAGAGCGAAAGAGAGAGAGAGUGAUAAAGCUGGGAUGGGUGAGCAAGAGGUGAUAGCAACAGUUAGAGAGGGAGAGAGAGACCAGUGAAAGUGGGAAACAGAGAGACAGGCACUUAAAAGCGGGAAGACAGAGGCACAGAAAACAGGGAGGGAGAGAGAGAGAGAGAGAGGGACAGGCAGAGCCUGUAGUCGACAUAACAGCACGACAGCAGCAGAUGCUGACAGUUCAGCUGGCAGGAGUGGAUCUGGGAGAGAGAGCGUACUUGGCCUGAAGGCUGCCCACUGCCUCUGCUGGGACUCUCUCAAAUACACACAUAUACACACAGGCAUACAAACAACAGCAGCCAACAAACAGCAGGACACGCCGGGAGCACUCUCACCGAGGGACAGGAGGUGGCUGCAUCAUGGACUCCCUGACUGACGCCCUCAAAGCCAUCUCUGUCAGCACCGAACUCAUAGAUGAGGAGCUGAAGCCUCAUUUGGACAUCCUGCUUACUGCACUCCAAGAAAAGCGAAAUGGAGCCCCAGAGCAGAUAGCUGCCAGUGGGAUUCUUCCGUCACUGGCGCAGACGUUGAGUAAGAAGAGCCUCCUCAUGUCACAGGUGACCCUGGUGGUGGCCGAGUUGGCCAGGGAAGUCACGGUACGAGAGCGCUGCAUUGAGGCCGGCCUCGUGACUGCCCUACUGCCCCUGCUGAAGAGCUCAGACCAGGAGCUGCUGCUGCACACCGGACGUGCCAUCGGCAGGAUCUGCUUCGAUAACAUGGUUCAGCAGGAUUACCUGGUGCAGAAUGGAGUCAUUCCCCGGCUGGUGGCCAUUAUGCAGGACUACCCCGAGAACGAUCCGCUGGUUAACGUCUGCCUGCUGGCUCUCUGUAACCUCGCCGAGAUGGAAUCUGCGCGGGAAGCCCUGGCGGAAGUGGGCGUGGCCGAGGCGCUGACCUGCCAGCUGCACCGUGCCUCGGAUGCCGAGCGUCGCCACAUCAUCCUGGAGGUGCUGGGAUCGCUGGGCGAGAGCGAUAUGCUGAAACUGCAGUUUGUGGAGUCGGGCGUCCCGCAGGCCCUAUCCGAAAUGAUCCGAGGGAUGCAUGGGGCUGCCGACGACUCACAUGACCUCUGCAGCAUCAAGAUUGCUUCCAACCUUAUCGUGUCCCUUCUGCUGGGAGAUGAAUCCAUGCAGAAGUGUUUCGGUGAAGGGGCGGGCCCAGUGUACCGGGAUGUUCUGUCCUGGCUGCAGUCUUCCAACACGCAGCUGCAGCUGGCGGGAGCCUUGGCGAUCGCCAAUUUCGCCCGGAACGAUAGCAACUGUGUGAAGAUGCUGGAUCUCGGUGUGGUCCCUCACAUCCUAGACCUGCUCGAGCGGCACGUGGACCAGGGCGACGUGUCCGUCCAGCAUGCCGCACUGAGCGCCCUGAGGAACCUCGCCAUCCCAGCCACCAACAAGGUGCGGAUGCUGGAGGAUGGCGUGGCGGAGCGGAUGAGGGCCCUGCUGCGUUCCGACAUGCCCCCCGUGCAGUUCAAACUACUUGGGACUCUCCGCAUGAUGGUGGAUGGUCAGGAGGAAGCGGCCACACUGUUGGGGAAAGAUGAAGGCCUGCUUGCCCGGGUUAUGCAGUGGUGUGAAGCCCGGGAGCAUGCUGGGGUCAGGGGGGAGGCCAACCGCCUCCUGGCUGCUUUCAUCAGACACAGCCGGGCCCUGGAUGUGAUCCACGCUAUUACCAAAGCAGAUGGCGUACGACACCUCAUCUCCAUGGCAACCAGUGAGCAUGUCAUCAUGCAAAAUGAAGCUCUGAUCGCCUUGGCGAUUGCUUCGGCUAUCGACAUUGGGACCAUGGAGGGACCCUUCCAGGAUGCCGGCCUGGUGCCCACCCUGCAGAAGAUGCUGGAUGACCCUGUGGGGGCCGUGGAGGUCAAAUUUAGCACCAUCGGGCUCAUCUGCAGCCUGACCAACUCCAGCUUGCUGAAGGAGGAGAUGGAGUCUCUGAACCUGAGGGAGAGCCUGAGUGAGCUCUCAAACCACGCCAGCCCCAAGCUGGCCACCCAGGCUGACACGGCACUGGCCGUCCUCUCCCAAGCCAGCUAGACUGACCGCACUGCACCACUGCCGCCACCGGGACCCGACCCGACCUGACCUGGCUGGCGGUGGAAGGCGCCCUGCUGCUAGUCCUCAGAGACACAACAGAGCCCCACCAUCCACCAGCUGGCCCCGGGCCGCACCGUCACACCGGAGAAACUGGGCGUGGAAAUGUCCACCGAAAAAGCAGCAAUGGGACAGGAAGGAGAGCUGCAUUCUCAUGGCUUACGUUUUAACCAUUCCAGUGCUCCUUAGCAAGGAUACCGAAACCCACUUAGAUUUAAUGACCGUGUACAAAAAAAUAGCACAAUGUAUUAGCCACUAGGCAUGCAGUGAGUACUUAAGGCUACAUGAAAGUGUCUUUUAGCAGCCAGUUUAGUGUGUGCAGUGGUCUAGUAUCUGUGAGGAGCGUCUCUGUCCAGUGUGUCCCUUUGUGCGUUACUGUAACAAAGCCUCCUCUGUUCCCUUAAUAAUUUCACAUCAUUGAAGUUUAUUUUUAAGAUAAGAAGUGUAUAUUUUAAUAUGUUAAAUGAUACUGAGAUGUCUGCAAUUAAAUAAGGGGUUACGGAAAAUGGA